CACCGUGAUCUUGUACUUCUUUUCCCGCAGAAUCGCCAUGAAUUCGACACAACUGUCACGAGUUCGCAACGCAAGAGUUGGCUUACAGACCAUUAGCGUCGGAGAUGCUCCGGCAACGGACAGUCCGCGAUUAGGUGUGGAUGACGAGACGUUGAAGAGUUAUCCGGUGCUGUUAUACUCAGAAGUGAAGCGUGACCGGAAAGGCGGUGCCGCCCGUGGUGGUGAUUUUGCGGCAACUUGUUCGAUAUGUUUGGGGGAUUUCAGUGACAGUGACAGGUUGAGGGAGUUGCCGGAUUGUCAUCACUUGUUUCAUCAGAAGUGCAUUGAUAUGUGGCUGAGGAUGAACUCUUCGUGUCCGUUGUGUCGGACCUCACCGCUCCCGACGCCGGUUUCAACUCCGCUGGCCGAAGUUGCUCCCUUGGCAAGAUCCUCAGGGGCUUGAGUUUGUAUGU